CGCGGGAGGCAGAUGCGGGUCCUGCUGCUGCUCCUGGGGCUCGGCGCCGCCCUGCUGCGGCCCAGCGGCACCCGCGGCGAGCCCGCCCGGCCCGCGCCGCUCUUCCUCCUCCUCCUCCUCCUCCUGCUGCUGCUGCUGCGCCUCGUCCUCGCGGGCGCCCCGCUGCUGCCCUGACGGGCGGGCGGGCGUGUGCGCGUGUGCGCAUGUGCGCGUGCAAAGGCGGGCGGGCCUCUGCACGUGUGCGUGUGCGCCCGAGGUGUGAGCGUGUGCGGGCGAGCGUGCGUGUGAAGGCGUGAGUGAGUGUGCACGCGCGUCCGUGGGCAUGCACGCGCACACGCGCGUGCUGCUGAGCGUGUGUGCAUGCGCAACGGCGCGCGUGCCUGUGAGCAUGCCAAUGCGUCUGAGGCGUGAGUGUGCGUGUUUGGUGUCAGCGCAUGUGCGUGCACAUCCAUGGGUGUGUAAGGGUGUGCAUGCACAUGCAUGCGUGCUGCUGAGUGUGUGUGCAUGUGCAACAGUGCACAUGCCUUUGAGCAUGCCAAUGCAUCUGAGGCGGGAGUGCAUGCGUGUGCACGUGUGCGAGCAUGCAUGUGAGGUGUCAGUGCACGUGCAUGUACAUCCAUGGGUGUGCAUGGGUGUGUAUGCAUGUGCUUGUACGCUGCUGAGUGUGUGUGCAUGUGCAGUGGUGUGUGUCUUUGCAUGUGUGCCUGCAUCUGAGGCAUGAGUGCAUGUGUGUGCACACAUGUGAGUGUGCACACUCAUGUGCAUGUGAGGCGUGGGUGCAUGUGCAGGCACUUAGGUGAGUGUGCAGGUGUGUGUGCAUGCAUGUGCUUGUGUGCUGCAGUGUAUGCACACGUGAGGGUGUGCAUGCUCUUGUGUGUGCACCUGCGUGUGAGGUGUGAAUGCAUGUGUGUGCACACACAGGUCUUUGUGCGCACACACGUGUGAGAUGAGUGCCUCUGUGUGCACACACAUGAGCGUGCACAUGUUUGUGAGCACACAGGUGUUUGCACAUAGGUGUCUGUGUGUGUGUGAGCGUGUGCGUGCCUGAGGCUGGUUGCACGUGUGUGCACACGUGCUUGCAUUUGCUUGUGCACCCCCCGGGGGCAUGCGCUCCUCCCCGUGUGCGUGCGGGAGGCGUGCACACACGCAGCAGAGCACACGCGCGGGCACGAGAGCGUCGCGGCGGCGGCGUGACUGCGAGAGGCGCUCCGCCGCCCCCGGCGUCCCCGAUGUCCCCGGCGUCCCCCGUGUCCCCACCGUCUCUCCGGAGCAAGUCCCAAGCCCGGCUGGGACUGAUCCUGCCCGCGGCGACGGUGCCCCGGUGGCCCUCAGGGUGCUGGUGCCCACGCUGGCCGUGCUCCUGCAGCAGGAUCCUCCCUGCUGCGGGAGACGGGGCUGGAUGGGGCCCCCGGAGCAGAUGGCACCGCGGGCCGGAUGUCACCCCGAGCAGCAUGCCACCCUGGAGCAGGUGGCACCUCGUGCUGGGUGUCACCCCGAGCUGGAUGGCACCCUGCACCGCCGGGGACCCUGGGCUGGAUGCCACCCUGGGCUGAAUGCCACUUGUGCUGGAUGGGACCCGGUGCAGGACACGCAGACCCCAGACCUGAUGGGACCUGGGGCAGAUGGCACCUCAGAGCAGAUGGCACCCUGGAGCAGUUGGCACCUUGGGCCGGAUGGCACCCUGGAGCAGAUGGCACCCUGGAGCAAUGGCACCUCGGGGCAGUUGGCACCUUGGGGCGGAUGGCACCCUGGAGCAGAUGGCACCCUGGAGCAGAUGGCACCUCGGGGCAGUUGGCACCCUAGGCUGGAUUCGCCCCCCGCCCCCCACUCCUGCCACCCGGGACCCUGAGCCGGGUGUCACCCUGGGUCAGAUGACACCUUAGGGUGGGUGCCACCCCAACGCUGGAGGCCACCUUGGGCUGCAGCACCACCCUCAGCAGCCCCCUGCCCCCCGCCCCCGGGAGGGGGGGGGGGGGGGCCAGGAAAGUGCCCGCUCGGCGUUUUCCCGCGCCGCCCGGCGUCAGCACUUCGGGCCGGGCCGCGGCGCCGAGACCUUUCCAGGCCUUUGUGGCGCCGGACAACGGCGGCGCCGGCGCCCGGCCCGAGCCUUUAACCGCCGCCGGGUGCCCCCCUCCCCGGCACCGCUCAGUCGCGCGCGGACGCACGGCCGGGACGGACAGAGGCGCCUUUCAGCGCCGCUGGGCGCUGAAGGGCCGCGGCAAUGCCGGCCCGCGGUGGGCUGCUGUGUGCCACCUCCGGCCUGGCGCUGCUGCUCGCUGCCACCGCCACCGACUUCUGGCUGCAGUACCGGGCGCCCGGCGGCCCCGGCUGCCAGGGCCUCUGGCGCGUCUGCCUGGGCGGCGCCUGCCACCCGCACCCUGGCACGCCGGCGCUCUGGGACGCCACGCGGGUGCUCAUGCUGCUCUCCGUGCUCUCCACCACGGCCGCCAUCGCCCUGGGGCUCUCCGCCGCCAGCAGCGGCGCCCCGCGGCUGCGCCUCCGCAUGGCCGGCGCCACCCUGCUCGUGGCCGGGUUCUUGGCGCUGCUGGGCCUGGCGGUGUUCACGGCCGUGACGGUGAGCGUCUUUGGGAAGCACCACGCUGACUGGCGCUUCUCCUGGUCCUACAUCCUGGGCUGGAUCGCCGUCGUCCUCGUUGUCUCGGCAGGACUCUUCCACGUCUGCGCCGCCUCCAAGGACCUGACUCCGGAGAGCUCCGAAGUGGCAGGUGCCUGAUGGCUGCUGAGACCCUGCUCCUGUCCUCAGCCCUUUGCCCGCAGCCUGCUGCCCCGUGGGCAGCUGGGGUGCAGGUCACUGCUGGCCUGAGCUGUGCCCGGUCUCUGCGGACCUGAACCCCCCGGCUCUCCCACCCCAUUACCCUCCCCUUUCCCCCGCAAUGUAAGCGCUGCCCUGCCAUGCUAAUAAACCGCUGUGCGCCCCCCC